UGUACAUCAUGUCCAGCAAGAGCGCCUCUUACGAUUAUCUUAUCAAGCUAUUGCUCAUCGGAGACUCUGGUGUUGGCAAAAGCUGCCUUCUGCUUCGUUUCUCAGAUGACUCUUUCACGCCUUCAUUCAUCACCACUAUAGGAAUCGAUUUCAAAAUUCGUACUAUUGAAUUGGAUGGAAAGCGUAUUAAACUUCAAAUUUGGGAUACGGCAGGUCAAGAGCGUUUCCGUACUAUCACUACUGCAUACUACCGCGGAGCUAUGGGUAUCUUGCUUGUAUACGAUGUUACAGAUGAGAAAUCAUUCGACAAUGUGAGAACUUGGUUCUCAAACAUUGAGCAGCAUGCCAGCGAAGGUGUUAACCGAAUCCUCAUUGGUAACAAAUGCGACAUGACUGAUAAAAAGGUUAUCCCCACAGAGAGAGGGCAGGCUUUGGCUCAAGAGCUUGGAAUUAACUUCAAAGAAACUAGUGCAAAGUCAAAUAUCGGUGUUGAAGAAGCGUUCUUCGAUCUUGCAAGAGAUAUCAAGAAGCGUUUGAUCGAUACUCAGCAAACACAGCAACCAAAGAAAAGGGAAGAUGUUCACCUUGACUCAGCACCCGCAGCCAAGAAUAGCGGUUCUUGCUGUCAAUAGUAGUAGCACGUAAAUCAGAGUUUUUAGGAUGAGCACAAUAUAAUCUAUAUUUACGAAAGACAACACAUGGAGUACUUUUUGGAUUUACAAAUGUAUUUAUUGAGGAAGUUUUAAGGGAUAAGUAUUUAAGCAACAGCGUAUCGAGCAGCAGCGCGAUCGAACAAGCUGUUCUUCAAAUCUAAGUCUUGCAAAAAUGCAUGUUGUGGAGCGACAUCUCUUAGUUGGCUGUAGCAUAAUUUAAAGUUAGACUCUAGCUGUCUGUCUUCGUCAUUUCCAUCUUUGCUCUCACUUACUUUACAUAUCUGCUGAUAACAUCCAAAGGCUUGCUGGUUAAAUUUGAGCAUACAAUGAGAUUAACCAAAGUAUCUGCAUCAUUAUUAUCC